CGGCACGCCAUGCCCGAGAGCUUCGAGGCUUUCCUGCUAACCUGCCGGACGUUGCACGACUGCGCCAAGCCACUCGUGCCGCUCUAUAAGUCCCGGCGGGCGGCAUAUUCCACCCUAGAGGUUGACGCGCGCACAGAUCGCAGAGGCAUCCUGCUUUGUCUGGACCGCAUCGCCCAGAAUCCAGACGUGGCCCGAUAUGCGACCACGGCCAACCUUAGCUUUGUUGCCACGACCACAAAGGCCUGCCGGCCCAGCCGUGCUUUGAGGCAGACGACCCCGUUUCUCGAGUUCGACCGUCUCAAGGAUGACCACGAGGCUCUGUGUGACAUUGAAAUGCUCAUCGAGCGGUCUCCGUGCUUGCGAGCUGCUGGCAUCGACACCAAUGCCUGGGGCCGGCAGAUGCUGGACCCCAUCUUCGACGUGCCCCAGGACCAGUGCGACUGCUCCUUCGAGUCGAUCCAGAGCCAGGUUUUUAUACUCUCCAUGCUAAAAAAUAUCCGUACGUUGCGCAUCGAAGUCGGCAGGACGCUUGCUGCAACGGCAGAACCCAAUGGCCCUCAGGCGGCAGUACUUGCGGCCAUCAAAGCCGCCCAAGCUCAGAAUCCCUUUGACGCACCGCUUGGGCAGCUGAAGACGCUGCUCUCAUUCCCGCCUGUCGACUACGAUACUUGGAAGCAUUUCGAAGCGAUGAGGCUCUUCUUGACCAUCCCCACCCUGACCGAGGUCUACGCCUCCAGCUUCCUCGCACUUGAAGGUCGCUCUCAGACCAUAUUCAGCUGGCCGCAGGCCAUGCCCGUGCAUCACAAUCUACGCAGGAUCGAGCUGGCCGCCUCAUGUUUCGACGACAUUGGCCUUGCUCCGCUACUCGCUGGCACGCCAGCACUCGAGACCUUCAAGUUCGGAUACGCGAUCAAGCAUCACGGCCAGGGUUACGACUACAACCCGGCAGAAAUGUUCGAGACGCUGAGGGAGCACGUCGGCGGCCAUCUGAAGCACCUCGCCAUGACUCUGGAGCCUCACUUCUUCGGGACCAUCGUGAACGGGGUUGUGGACCUGCACGGCUUCACCAGCCUCGAGUCCCUCGAGAUCGACUACCGCAUGUUCUACGGACCUUCGAUAGAAUCGGGCGAGCGCAACGGCAGUACGGAUCCGACCCUGCCGAAAGACGGGCGAGGCGCCAUCUGGACUCCCUCGAACAUCCCACCGCUGACCGAGAUCCUGCCCCCACAACUCCAGAAGCUCGAGGUCUUUCUCGGCGAGUCCCCCUCUGCAGGCUCCGGGGACAGAUUCGACCAGGACGCCAGCCUGCGCGCGCUCUUCAGCAUCCCCGACAUCGACGACCUCAGCUCCCUGACUACGUCAAGCGUCGAGGCCAGUCCAGCCACUGCCACUGCCGCUGCCAGAGAGGGGCCGUUUGCCAGUCUGCCAGCCGCCUCCUGCACGAUCCGCUGCGUCAACAGGACCCUCACCGCCGAGCGGCCCGGCGACGUGUUUGACCUGCGCCAGGGCUGGACGAAGCCGGACCAGAUCAGGACGUACCUCGAGGCCGGGGGCGUGACGGUGCACGUAAACAGCCCCGAGGACCCCACGUGGGUGUGCGAGAUGAAGGAGCGGUUCAAGAUCGAGACUUGGUAGUACUAGUCCGGACAGAAGAGCGGCGAGCUUGGGGGGAGCGUUCGUAGUUGUGGUAGUAAAGGCGCAAGCCCGAAAGACAAACCGCGCGUUUUGUCUCUGGUGCAAACCGGACGGGUCUACCUGAGCUGGCAAGGCUCUACCAGGAUGAGCCGGACAUAAUGUUCAUGUAUCACAUGCACGCAGUAUACCGCAUGGAAGAAGGUAUCAUCACGUCUGUAAAGCCCAUAC